AUGUUCUAUAAUCAAGGGGGGCAGACAGGCUUUCAAGCGGAAACGGUGAACACUAAUGGAAAUACGAAUUUCAAUUUUGGUGGAUCAGAACUUCUGGAAUCUCUGGAAAGCAAACGAAAAAAGUUGUUGAGAACACUGUAUAAAUUAUCUAAGACAGAAUAUGAAAACCAGAAGAAUCAAAACCCAGUUCGGGUUCCCGGAACAUGCGAAUGGUUUACGAACCAUCAAAUUUUUCAGGACUGGAAAUCUAGCCCAUCAUCGAAGAUGCUUUGGGUAUCAGCCGACCCCGGGAGCGGGAAGUCAGUUCUUGCAAGGUACUUAAUCGACUCCGUCCUUUCAACACCCGGAUCAACAAUCUGCUACUUCUUCUUCAAGGAGGAUUUGGAAGAGCAAAAGAAAGCAACUACCGCUUUAAGUUCUAUUUUAUUCCAACUAUUCACUGCAAACCGCUCUUUAAUUUGCGACAAGAUACUCGACCGGUAUGAGAUUGUUGAGGAAUCGUUUUCGAGUUCAUUCCAUGAGCUUUGGAGGGCGUUCUUGAUCGCUGCCAGUAACGCAGACAAAAUCGUUUGUGUCCUUGAUGCACUCGACGAAUGCAACAGCAGCGACAAAUCUCAACUCAUUACAAAAUUGAAAGAGCUAUAUGGCAAGCCGACAGACUUGAAUCUUAAAUUCCUUGUAACAAGUCGACCCACUCGCGAUAUUGUACAUGCUCUACGGCCCGUGCGCGAAGUUUUACAUGAGGCAACUGGACAACAGCCUUUGGAGGUCCCGGAGUCACUGUUGAUCCAUCUAAAUGGUGACGGUGACGAAGAAAAAGAAAAGAUCGCUCGAGAGAUUAAUACUUUCAUCGAUGCUAGGGUCCAUGAGAUCUCAACAAAACUACAACUUGGAGACAACGAAUGCAAUCUUCUAUCAGAAAGGCUAAAGAAUACUCAAAAGUUACACCCAAACAAUUCGGGCGAGAUUACUCAAAAUCGAACAUACCUAUGGGUCCACCUCGUCUUAGAUUUGAUAGAAAAGGACCCCAAUAAAAAUAUCGGCAUAAACAAGGAUAAAAUAGACAAAAUUACUUCGCAGCUACCGAAGACAAUAGAUGAGGCAUACGAGAAAAUUCUAUCUAGGAGCUGUAAACACGAGGAAGCGAAAAGGCUACUGCAGAUCGUGGUUGCCGCCUCACGGUCUUUAAAUCUCGAGGAGAUGUACGUGGCGUUCACUCUCAAAGAGAGUCACCGGUCCUACGAUAGCCUCGACACCAAGUUUAACUCCAAAGAAAUGGAAAGAUUUGGCAAUGAUGUACGCGAUCGCUGCGGCCUCUUUGUCAGGAUUGUGGAUUCGAAAAUAUACCUAAUUCAUCAAACCGCGAAGGAAUUUUUGAUCCAACGAGAAGAAGAAGAAAAAGAAAAGAAGAAAAGAAAUAGGAGAAGAAGGGAUAAAUAA